AUGACACUGCGUUUAACGCUGAGGCGGCAGAUGACACACUUUUAUGAACAAUAUUUCAUUUGUUUUGUCGGCUUGUGAAACGUUCAUACUAUAGCUUGCAUAUUUAUAUGGUCAACGUUACAAGAUACUGAAGAACACAUCGGUAAACACAAGGUACACAUCGGGUACUAGCACGACUCAUCCAUCGUUAGUGUAAACGCAUGACAAAACAUACGGGUAAAUAUGUAUACAUAAUGAAUAAGUGAAUGGAAACUAGUGAAUGGAAACUAUAGAAACAUUUACACCAAAUAAAACUCGAAUAGCGUUUUGAUUUAUUUUCUUAAAUUGAUGAAUAAACUACAUUUAAAUACAAAUAUAAUGGAAAUAGAAUACGGAUCAGAUGCAGUUACUGAGCUAGAAUCGAUGUUGGAAAAACAUGACAUACCAACAGUUGAAGAUAAACUUAAGUUUUUAGAGAGUGUGAAGCAAAUAUCAGCUUUCAUUAGAAGUGAAACAGAAAGUUGCAGUCUUGAAGACUCAGGGAUCACGCUUGUUGAUGUUAUAAGAGGAGCACUGUUUAUAGCCGACGUAGCUCUUAAAAUUGCAGAUUUUGCACCGUUUUCAUUUCCAAUCAAAGUCGUAUUUAAAGUCUUGUUAGGUAUCAGUAACUUGAUAUUUGGGAGGAAAAUUAUAUCGAACACUGUCCAAGGUUUCCAGACUAUUCUUGACCAUGAGAUCAUAGGAAACGCUAGAACAAGGCUGUAUGACUAUAAGACACGUUUGAUUUACAUACAAGGAGUUGUGGACGAUGUUAAACGCGCUGAAACACAACAUGAAAUUGAUAAACUGCUCGCUGAUGUAGGCAAUGAAGAGUCUGUAAUGGCUGGAAUAAAGGAUAUAUCUCUAGUGGAAACAAAAAUAGAGGAUAUUUUACAUGAGGGUGAUCUAGAUCAGUUUUCAAAAUUGAUGACACAGGUUGAGUUAUAUUGUUCUUUGACUAAUCUACAUGAGAUUCUUCUUCUAUAUCGUAUUGCCAUCCUUGCAAGUCAUAAAAGACAAACAGGAAGACUCGUGAGAUUGUUGUAUGCUAACAGACAGAACCAUGAAAACGUCCUUGCAUUUCUUUACAAGCCAACAAGGAAAGUAGUUGGAUUCUUCCUGAAAUUUAACGAGAAAAACUAUCCGCUAACAAUGGCUUUCCUGCAGCAUCGAGGAUUAUCAUAUGUAAUGUUAAAGAAACUUUUUUAUCUUCUAGAUGGGCAAAGGUAUGAAAUUAUAUCAGAAAAAUAUACAGACACAAAACUUUUUAUAAAGGAUGCUUUAAUCUUAACGUGUGCACGGUGUACACCUGAAAAAUCGAACGAUCCUAAAACAAAAUUAGAACUUCAAAGCGGUGGGAAUAACACUUUUGAAAUUAUUGGAAGUGAGAUGCUUUUAUCAGAUGGAUUGUGGGUGAAAGGGUCCUACAAAUCUAAUACAGCAACAAAAUGGCGGGUAAUUCUAGUUGAAGGUGACACACCGGGUGAUGAACCAUGUUACAUGUUCAGCCCAGUAUCAUCAGAAAGUACUCAAUUUAUGUGCGUAGAUUGGACUUACCGUGUUAUAACAACGACAUUCUCGCACGGUGAUGAAACAUUUUUUUGGAAAAUCAAAAGAGUUGAUUUAUAAACAAACGAGACAACAUUGGAAUACGUGUCAUUAUCAUGUAUAUUAAAUUCUACAUGAAAUAUCUAUACUGGUCACAUUGUAACAUCAUCAAUGCAACAAAUAAACAAACAUAAAAACAAAAGAAAAAAUUGUUUAAUAUAAAAAUUCAAAAUCUGUAAUUUUAUUUUCUCCUAAUAUUGACUA